AUGGCGCUAGAUGGCGUACCGGCAAAACUCAUCGCAAUGAUCAAGGCCUAUUAUUGCUCCACUACAGUGAGUGCCCUGGUCCGCAACAAUCUUUCCCAACCUUUCAGUAUUCGGUCUGGCGUCCGACAGGGUUGUAUCCUGUCACCCGUACUGUUCAACUACGCUAUUGACUGGAUCCUCGGGAGGGUCCUACGCGAGAGUGACGGCGUUGAGUUUGCACCCGGACACCGACUGACUGAUCUCGACUAUGCCGAUGAUACUGCCUUACUUGCUUCAAGUUUUGGUGAUCUGCAGUCUAUGGUGCCACGGGUGAACGAGGUCGCUAAAUCGGUCGGUUAG